ACAACCAGCUGCACGUCGCCUCUUUCUUCUCGCUGUUGAACCGGAGUUCUGGGAGAGUGGUGCGGAUGCUCAGCCGCGCUGCUGCCGCUGCGGAGGAGAAAAUCCGUCUCUCACCUGGCUCUUCACAACGGUAUCUUCUCGUAGUUGGUCGACCGUGGUCUUGUCCAACCUGGCACCAUGAGCACCAUCUCACCAACUGACUUCGAUAGUUUGGAGAUCCAGCAGCAGUAUAAUGACAUUAACAACCGUUGGGAUCUGGCAGCAGAGACUGACUGGGAUAAUGAAAACAGCUCAGCGAGGCUCUUUGAGCGCUCCAGAAUCAAAGCUCUGGCAGAUGAGCGUGAAGCAGUACAGAAGAAGACCUUUACCAAAUGGGUGAAUUCUCAUUUAGGCCGUGUGACCUGUCGUAUCGGUGACUUGUACACCGACCUCCGCGAUGGCCGCAUGCUAAUCCGCCUGCUGGAGGUGCUCUCGGGGGAACAUCUGCCCAAGCCUACUAAAGGACGCAUGCGUAUCCACUGCCUGGAGAAUGUUGAUAAAGCGUUGCAAUUUCUCAAGGAGCAGAAAGUCCACCUAGAAAACAUGGGCUCCCAUGACAUUGUUGAUGGGAAUCACCGCCUAACUUUGGGUCUUAUCUGGACCAUCAUUCUCCGAUUCCAGAUUCAGGACAUCAGUGUAGAGACAGAAGACAACAAAGAGAAGAAGUCGGCUAAAGAUGCACUGCUGCUUUGGUGCCAAAUGAAAACUGCUGGAUAUCCCAAUGUCAACAUCCACAACUUCACCACCAGCUGGCGAGAUGGUCUGGCGUUCAAUGCCAUUGUGCACAAACACAGACCAGACCUGAUUAACUUUGACAACCUGAAGAGGUCCAACGCUCACUAUAAUCUUCAGAAUGCUUUUAAUGUGGCUGAGAAAGAAAUGGGGGUUACGAAGCUGCUGGACCCAGAAGAUGUAAAUGUUGAUCACCCAGAUGAAAAGUCCAUUAUAACUUAUGUCGCAACUUAUUAUCAUUACUUCUCCAAGAUGAAAGCCCUUGCAGUUGAGGGAAAAAGAAUAGGAAAGGUGCUGGACUAUGCCAUCGAGGCUGACCAGCUGAUAGAAAAGUACGAAACUUUGGCCUCAGAACUGCUGCAGUGGAUUGAGCAAACCAUAGGGACACUCAACGACAGACAGCUGGCAAACUCUCUGAGUGGUGUCCAGAACCAACUGCAGGCUUUUAACUCUUACCGAACAGUGGAGAAACCCCCCAAAUUCACAGAGAAAGGAAAUCUGGAGGUGCUGCUCUUUACAAUCCAGAGCAAAAUGCGGGCCAACAACCAAAAAGUCUACAUGCCCAGAGAGGGCAAACUUAUAUCUGACAUCAACAAGGCUUGGGAGCGGCUAGAAAAAGCUGAGCAUGAACGUGAGCUGGCGCUCAGAAAUGAGUUGAUUAGACAGGAGAAACUGGAGAUGCUCGCUGCCCGCUUUGACCGCAAAGCCGCCAUGAGGGAAACGUGGUUAAGUGAAAACCAGAGGCUUGUUUCACAGGACAACUUUGGGACCGAUUUAGGCGCGGUGGAAGCUGCCACACGUAAACAUGAGGCAAUUGAGACAGACAUCAGAGCAUACUGGGAGCGUGUUGCUACUGUAGAGGCUGUUGCCAAAGAACUGGAAGCUGAGCGCUACCACGAUGUGCGACGUAUAAUUGCACGUAGGGAUAAUGUCCUUAGGCUCUGGGAAUACUUGAAGGAGCUUCUGGUUGCACGUAGAGAGAGGCUAAAUUCCCAUCUCGACCAGCAGAGAGUGUUUCAGGAGAUGCGCUACAUCAUGGACUGGAUGGCCGACAUGAAGGGUCGAUUGCUUUCUCAAGAUUGUGGCAAACAUUUGCAUGACGUGUUGGACCUACUUCAGACCCACACCCUGGUAGAGGCAGAUAUUUCAGCUCAGGCAGAGCGUAUCAAAGCAGUACAGGGCGGAGCAGAGCGUUUCACUUCCCAGGACCAGGCAUACAAACCGUGUGAGCCAGGCUUAGUUAGUGAAAAGGUUGAUCUUCUCCGUAAAUCCUACGAGGAGCUUGGUGAACUUUCCAGAAAACGCAAAGAGCAGCUUGAAGACUCUCGUCGCCUUUGGCAGUUUCUGUGGGAUCUUGGCGAGGAGGCUGCCUGGAUCAGAGACCAGGAGCAGAUCCUGGCAAGUGGUGAUUGUGGACGUGACCUCACCUCUGCUCUUCAUCUGCUCAGUAAACAUGAAGCCUUCAGUGAUGAGAUGGCAGCUCGCUAUGGCCCACUGAGUAACAGUAUUGCUGCCGGGGAUGCUCUGGUCAAAGAGGGUCACUUUGGAGCCCAACAGGUCACAGAUAGAAUUCAAGAUAUCAACACACAGUGGGCACAUCUUGAGGAGACAACCAAAGACAGAGAGCAGAGACUAAAGGAAGCAGUAGCCCUCUAUCAGUUCCAUACAGAUGCCAAUGACAUGAAAACCUGGAUCGCUGAGACACUUAGACGGGUGUCAAGUCAAGAAGUGGGUUAUGAUGAGUUUGCCACUCAAACCCUAGCUCGCAAACAGCGGGAGAUACAGGAGGAGAUUCAAAGUCACCGCCCUCUUUUGGACUCCUUACAUGAGCAGGGCCAAGCACUAACAUGGGACGAGUCGCUUUUCCCUCAGGAGGAAUGUCACUUACCCACCAUCGAGAAUCAGUACAAGGAGCUGGAAGCCCUAUCGGCCGCUCGUAGACUGGCUCUGGAAGGUGCCUUGGCCCAGUACCGCAUGUUCAGUGCUGCUGAUGCCUGCCAGCUCUGGAUUGAAGAGAAGGAGCAGUGGUUACAUGGCAUGGAGAUCCUGAAUAAACUGGAGGACUUGGAAGUUGUACAGCAGAGGUUCGAGACUCUUGAACCUGAGAUGAACAACAUAAGUGCUCAGAUCGCUGAUGUAAACCAGGUGGCAGAGCAGCUGCUGAGCUCUGACAACUGUAGCAAGGACCAAAUCCACCAGACACGAGACCAACUGAACAACAGAUGGGCUGAGUUUGAAAAACUGGCUGGUCAGAAAAAGCAGGCCCUGGAGUCCGCUCUUAACAUCCAGAACUACCAUCUGGAAUGUAACGAGAUACAAACUUGGAUGAGGGAAAAGACAAAGGUGAUCGAAUCCACCCAGAGUCUGGGUAACGACCUGGCUGGAGUGAUGGCACUGCAGCGCAAACUUACAGGCAUGGAAAGGGACUUGGAGGCCAUACAGGGCAAACUGGAUGACCUGAAAAAUGAGGCAGAAAAGUUGGCGAAAGAACAUCCUGAUCAGGCAGCAGAGAUCCAAGGCCGGCUGACGGAGAUUCAAGAAGUGUGGGAGGAGUUGAACGUCACAAUGAAGCGCCGUGAGGAGUCGUUAGGAGAAGCCAGCAAACUUCAAGGUUUUCUUAGAGAUCUGGAUGACUUUCAGAGCUGGCUGUCCCGUACACAGACGGCCGUGGCCUCAGAGGACAUUCCCAUUUCCCUCCCUGAAGCUGAAAGCUUGAUUGCACAGCACGAGAAUAUCAAGAAUGAUGUGGAUAACUACAAGGAAGAUUAUGAGAAAAUGCGAGCUGUUGGUGAGGAGGUGACCCAAGGUCACACAGAUGCCCAACACAUGUUCUUGGCCCAGAGGCUUCAAGCACUGGACAUAGGUUGGCAUGAGUUGCAUCGCAUGUGGGAAAACCGCCAUAGUCUUUUGGCACAAGCCUUUGACUUCCAGACUUUCUUAAGAGAUGCCAAACAGGCAGAGGCUUUCCUGAACAGCCAGGAGUAUGUCCUUUCUCACACAGAGAUGCCGUCCAGUCUUCAGGGAGCAGAAGAGGCCAUUAAAAAGCAUGAGGAUUUCCUUACGACCAUAGAGGCCAGUGAGGAGAAGAUCACUGGUGUACUGGAGACUGGACGACGCCUCAUCAAUGAGUCUAAUGCUAAUUCCGACAAGAUCCAAGAAAAAGUGGACUGCAUAGAAGAAAGGCAAUUGAAGAACAGAGAAUCUGCCAAUGAGUUGUUGACAAAACUGAAGGAUAACCGUGAACUUCAGCACUUCCUCCAAGAUGGACAAGAGCUCAAACUCUGGAUUAAUGAGAAAAUGCUGACAGCGCAAGACAUGUCCUACGAUGAAGCCAGAAAUCUUCACAGCAAGUGGCAGAAACACCAGGCCUUCAUGGCUGAGCUGGCCUCGAACAAAGACUGGCUGGACAAAAUUGACAAAGAGGGUCAGGCUCUGGUGGCAGAGAAGUCUGAGCUGAAGCCUGUUGUCCAACAGACCCUGGAAGACUUACAGCAUCAGUGGGAAGAGCUAGAAAAUACCACGCACACCAAGGCCCAGUGUCUGUUCGACGCUAACAGGGCAGAACUCUUCACACAGAGCUGUUCCUCUCUAGAUGUCUGGCUGAAGAACCUUGAGACUCAGUUGCAGAGUGAUGACUAUGGCAAAGAUCUGACCAGUGUCAACAUCUUGCUAAAGAAGCAUCAGAUGCUGGAGCAUCAGAUGGAGAUACGAGAGAAAGAGGUGCACUCCCUGCAGUCUCAGGCUGUGGCGCUGUCUCAGGAGGACGCUGGACUGGCUGAGGUAGAUGGUGAACAGAGGCGUGUCACUGACAACUUUUCAAAACUUCAGGAGCCUCUCAAACUGAGGCAGCAACAGCUACUGGCCUCUAAAGAAGCACAUCAGUUCAACAGAGAUCUGGAGGAUGAAAUUUUAUGGGUGAAUGAGAGAAUGCCCUUGGCAACCUCCACCGACCAUGGAAAAGAUCUUCCCACAGUUCAGCUGUUGAUAAAGAAGAACCAGACUUUGCAGAAGGAGAUCCAGGGCCACCAUCCUCGUAUUGAUGAUAUACACAGAAGAGGACAGACCCAAAGAGAGUUGGUGGGUGAGAGACAUCCAGAGGAGCGUUUGGUUGAGCUGAAGAACCUUUGGGACCAGCUGACCGCUGAGACAGACAAGCGCCAUGUCCGCCUCAUUGAGGCCAAUCGUGCCCAGCAGUUCUAUGCUGAUGCAGCAGAGGCAGAGGCCUGGAUGGGUGAACAGGAGCUGCACAUGAUGUCAGAAGAAAAAGCCAAGGAUGAGCAGAGUGCACUAGUAAUGGUCAAGAAGCACCAGAUCCUAGAACAGGCUCUUGAAGACUACGCCCAAACCAUCCAUCAGCUGGCCAACAGCAGCCGUCUCAUGGUCACCGGUGAACACCCAGAGAGUGAGAGAAUCACCCUGCGUCAAGCCCAAGUGGACAAGCUGUACGCCUGCCUGAAAGACCUGGCCGAGGAGCGUAACGGGCGGCUGCAGGAGAGGCUGCGCUUGACCCAGCUUAAACGUGAGGUGGACGACCUGGAGCAGUGGAUAGCUGAGAGGGAAGUGGUCGCUGGCUCCCAUGAACUUGGACAGGAUUAUGAUCAUGUGACAGUGCUUCGAGACAAGUUCCGAGAGUUUGCACGCGACACAAGCAACAUUGGCCAAGAGCGUGUGGAUGGUGUGAAUGCCCUGGCGGACGACCUCAUCGAGUCGGGUCAUCCUGAGAAUGCCAAUGUUGCCGAGUGGAAAGAUGGUCUGAAUGAAGCGUGGGCUGAUCUGUUGGAGCUGAUUGACACACGCACUCAGAUGUUGGCCGCCUCCUACGAGCUCCACCGUUUCCAUCAAGACGCUAUGGAGGUGCUUGAACGUGUCCAGCAAAAGCAGGCCGAACUGCCCUCCGACCUCGGCCGUGAUCUGAGCACGGUGCAGCACCUACACAGGCAACAUAACACCUUUGAACAUGACAUCCAGGCACUGAGUGGACAGGUGAACCAGAUCCAGGAUGAUGCAGCACGACUGCAGAAGGCUUAUGCUGGUGAGAAAGCAGAUGACAUUAAUAGGAGUGAACAUGCUGUGACCUCUGCCUGGGAGGCUCUGCUCCAGGCUGGUCAAGCCCGCAGGCUUCUCCUUCUUGAUACGGUGGAGAAGUUUCGCUUCUUUAACAUGGUGCGAGACCUCAUGUUGUGGAUGGACGGUGUCAACUUGCAAAUCGAAGCACACGACAGUCCCAGGGACGUCUCGUCUGCAGGACUCGUCAUUGCCAAUCAUCAAGACAUUAAGUCAGAGAUUGAGACCCGGGCAGAUAGUUUCACUGCCUGCUUUGAGUUAGGAAACACUCUGAUCAACAACAAUCAUCAUGCAGCGGCCGAGAUCCAGGAAAAAUUAGUUCAGCUGCAGGAGAAACGGGACAAGAUCAACAAAAAUUGGCAGGACAAGAUGGACCAUUUACAAAUUGUGCUGGAAGUGCUGCAGUUUGGGCGAGAUGCUCAUGUGGCAGAGUCCUGGUUGGCAGGGCAGGAACCUCUGAUACGAGCAGCAGAACUGGGGUCAAAUGUAGACGAGGUAGAGAGUCUCAUUAAGCGCCACGAAGCCUUCGAAAAACUUGCUGCAUCCUGGGAAGAACGCUUUGUCAUGCUGGAGAGGCUAACUACGCUGGAGGAGCAGGAGCUCCAGAGGAGGAAAGAGGAGGAGGAGUGGGCAAAGCUAGCCACUAUGGCACCAGUGGCUGAUGAUGUUCCACAGUCUCUAACAGAGAGUCAUCCGCAUGAUUCUGCAGCCAGAACAAGCCUGGAUCAGACCACACUCAACCAAUCGGUGUCAGUGAAUGGAGUUCAUAGUGACACAUCUCAGGGCUCUGAGUCGGAGUUGGUAAACGGACCCGACAGGGAUAGCGGUCUGGCAUCAUCUCACCUGGAGCCAUCUGCCACAUUACCUAGCAAAGGGGGAGCAGAGUCUGAGCCAGAAACCAUCGAGGGAAUGCUUUGUCGCAAACAGGAGAUGGAGUCCCACAGCAAAAAGGCAGCAAGCAGGUCCUGGCAGAAUGUGUACUGUGUGCUAAGAAAAGGGAGUCUUGGUUUCUAUAAGGACAGCAAAAGUUCAAGCAACGGCAUUCCAUAUCAUGGGGAAGUUCCAAUAAGCCUCAAAGAGGCUGUGUGUGAAGUGGCCCAUGACUAUAAGAAGAGGAAAAACGUCUUCAAACUCAGGCUCGGAGAUGGGUCAGAGCAUCUAUUCCCAGCCAAGGAUGAGGCUGAAAUGAGCUCCUGGAUUCAGUCCAUCCUCAGCUCCAUUCCAACCAAGGCAGAAGACUCACCUGGAGGUAUGCGCCUCAGCCGGGCCAUGACGAUGCCUCCCAUGUCCCCGAGCUCAGUGGAGGCCGGAGGCGUCACUAUGCGUAACAAAGACGGCAAAGAUAAAGAUCGCGAGAAAAGGUUUAGCUUCUUUGGCAAGAAAAAAUAAUUGUUGUCACAAAAAGAAAAAGGCAAAAACCCAUCACACAACACACGUGGCUCAGCACAAACGUGUCUGCUUUGUCCGGAAAAAAGAACGUAGUGUUCCUGAUUUUUCUUUUGUUUCCCUUUUCAUUUUCUAUCGCCCAGUCCAUGUUUGACAUUUAGCUGCGCCAAAAAACAAAGGUCAGGGUCAUUGAGGUGCUGAGUCUAGACAAAACGAAAGUGAUAAACAGGUGAAUGGUUUCUGCUAUUGAUUAGCAUUUAUCUCAUAAACUUUAAGCUCUCUCUCUCUCUCUUUCUCUCUCUCACUCUCUCCAUGUAGAACAUUUCUACAAAGUUUGGUUUUUGACGUGAGAAACACUGAGUGCUGUUUCUUCAGUUGCUGUCAUUAAUUUAUCUACUGCUGUUUCUGGGUUGAGAACAUUGAUUUGACAGGUGGUCAAACCCAUUAUAAACAGAAAUACAUUUAGUGUCGUGGGUUUAGUAAAGGGUUUGACCUCGUACGUGCUACUUAUUUAAAAUGAGUCAUUAGGGUGUCAUUUUUGGGAAAUUGAUUACAUUUGAGCUUUGUGAAUAAAGAUUUUAAGUUUAAUUGGAAAGAAAUAUUUCUAUAUUAAUAUUUAAUUUAAUCUUUUAUGUUUUAUUUCAUCUGCAUUUUAUUAUUUCUCUCAAGGGAUCUUCAGCUUUGUGUGUGUGUGUAAGAGAGAGAGUGAGGAAAAGAGCAACAGAUUGUGAUUGUUAUUUUUUUGUUUUUUAUUUUAGUUAUUAAUGCAAUGUGGUCACAAGAAUGCAACUUUAUUUGUAUGCAAAUGUUAUCUCAGUUCUGACAGAAGCUAAAAGUAAAACUAGCCCGUUUUGUCUCUAUAUAUUUAAUAAGUGCAGAAGAUGUGUAGAAAUGUAGACACUGAUAGAGAAACCAUUUACAUUCUUGAGUAAGAAUGCCACGAAUGUUUUUUUCUUUUUCUAAAAUAGUAUUUAGUUUUGCAUUUGCAAUGAUCAUGAAGAUUUAUUGUUUGAUUUAUUUUGCAAAACAGUUACUGUUCAUUCUCCAAGUAAAGGUGUGGGGUAAUUUAUGAAUAAAAAAGCUGAAGCACACAUGGACAGGGCAGUAAAACAGACUAAACUAAGGCCUUAUUAGACGGCCAUUAAAAUGCUAUGAACAUGUACUAGAUGACUACAAAUCUCACUGGAAGGAAAUAAGAGAAUUAUUUCACUGGAAGGAAAUAAUUCUAAAAUAAUACCAUUACUUUAUAAUGGUUUUUAAAUAUUGCUUUUCAUUGAGUUUUUUUUUCCUUCUCAAUUUUAUCAGGAUUGUAUAGAACACGAUCCUAAAAACAUUUUUUUCAGUUGCCAAAUUUUUUCACUUUCACUAGUUUUUGCUGAUGAUUUAUGUGUAUAUUUUUCUAAUAGGACAAAACCGAGAUACCUAGCUAGUACAGCUGUUAAACAUUUUAGAUCUAAGAUAACGGUUAAAAUUUGUUGAUGUCACAGUUGGAUUUGUAAUCGGUGCACCGUGAGUGUGCACUUGCUAAUACAGCGAAUAGACAUACUUAGCUGCUAAAGCUGGAUCAAAACCUUAACCUGAGUCGCAGCCAUUAGAUGAACCUAUUGGAUAAGGAUUGUGUCAAAGUGUCCAAAUAAACAUUAUUUUUUAAUUUUUUUAUCUAAAUCAGUCAAGCCUGAGAAAUGGGACGACUUUUUCUGUUUGCAAAGUGACCAUGACCAUCCUAAAUGGAGACUAAUUCCAUGUGCUUGAUUAAAAUAAUACUGUCCGGCUCAACUGAGCUCACAAGUCCUUGUAUUAACAAGUACGAGUAGUGUAUCGGUUCUAUACACUGGAACAUUUCCACGGAGAAAUAUUUAAAAAGCAUACCAGUUGUAAUUAAAUGUUGUAAUUGCAGUUAGAAUAUUACUUUAACAUUAAACUUCUCCCCAUGUUUUUUUUACUUUUCUCAAAAGAUUCUACUUUUGUUUUAAUUAUUUUGUUGCUUUUGCUUAUUUUUUUUACUGGUAAAAACAAGCUUCCACAGCUUUAUUUGUAUCUACAACCCAUUGACAAAACAUGCUCAAAUCCAGAUAUACUGUAUUUCCAGGUGUGUGUGCUGUUACAAAAGCUGUAGGACACAAACUAAAUUAACAAAUAGUGGACACAAGGUUCCAUGCAUGUUUAAAACUAAAAAUGAAGCUUUUUUUGUAUGUCUCCAUUUCUUUCUUACAGUAAAUGGAAUAAUGCCAGAUACAAUUUCUUAAGGCCAGAGUACAGGGUAAUUCAUAAAGAUAAAACCCUCUGAUUUUUACUUAAUGUAAAAUAUUAGGACUGAAAGCAGUCUGAUUUAAGUUUAAGUUUCCUUAAUUUAUAGGAUGGUAGAAUGUGUGCUGUGUAGUGGAUGCCUGUACUGUUUAAUCCAAGUCUGUUGCAGUAAGCUGUCCAACAACCACCAUAAGACACAUGUUUGUUUCACCUUAUUUUGAAUUUGUUUAUCACAUUAUUAUUAUGAUAUUGUUGUUAUUAUUAUUAAAAUUGCUACUGUUACUAUUGCUACUACUGUUACUAAUACAACUUAUUGUAAAAAUGAUUACUGUUUUCAGGUAAAAUCAGACAUGAUGUCAGUGUGCUGUGGAGCAUUUUCAUUAAAAAAAACCUCUGAAAUUUGUUGACAUGUGUAUUGAAAUCUAUUAUUAGGAAUAAAAACACGGUUUAAUGAAAAA